AUGCGAACAGAGUUGCUGCUGCUUGUCCACUGCGGACGGAGACCUGUUCACUGGUUGCAGGCCGAGAACGUGGCUGGAAGUCGAACGUCUCAGUUAUUGCCAAAGGACGGGGCUGAACAGAGCUCGGUCUCCGAAAGCUCAAAAUUGUCGGAUUAUGGUCGGGACUCGCGAGCAGUCACUGCCCGACAAAGAUCGAGGCCCGAAGUCGCUGGAGGCUUGGGCUCGUCGGAAGUUGCCCCCGUUUGCUUUGCCAUGUGUCACUCUUCUAUUAGCCGUGAUCAAAUUGGGUAUCACUACAACUGUUCCCGGAAAAACUUUGGUGACAAGGGUGAGGUCGGAUCCACCGAGGAAGUGAAUGAAGGUAGUGGUGGUGAAAGAACUCCCCUGGUAUUCACAUUCUGUCGUGCUUCCAAUUCGGCUAUUUCCUUUUUCAAGGAGGUCACUUCGGCGUUGUCUCCUGCCACAGUCCGACUCGUGCGGAUAUUUUUCCUCAAAACGGGUUUCGUUUGCCUAUUUCCUAGAUGA